AACCUUACAUUACCUACGUUACCAAUGACUACAUUUCGUAACGUAUUCGAAACCUUACUCUGCUAAAUUAUCUGCUUCUAGUUUUGAUGUUUAGAUUAUCAUAACCUGAAUCUGAUGUUCGCUGUGGAUGCCCUCUCAAUUUAAACAAUGUCUCAGUUAAUAGAACUCAUUCUUCAGGGUGACAGUGAUAAAAUCCUGAAAAUUUUAAAAGAAUAUGAUAAAGAUCCAGAAGGAUAUCUAAAAUCUAUGAAUGAAUAUGACGAAAUGCAUAAUUCUGCUAUUGAAUUAUUUACAAUAUUGGAUUCCAGGAAUAUUAUUGAAAAAGCAUUAAGCAAUGGUUAUAAUGAACUAAAUAUAAUUGGAAAAAAUGGUUGUAAUUUAGUUCAUUAUGCUGCUAUGUGGAAUCAUGCUGAUUUAAUAAAAUAUUUAUAUUUUGCUGGUGUCGACGUUUAUAGAAAAAAUGUCCACGGUGAAACUGCACAUAAAUUAGCUGUUAAAUAUGAACAAAAAGAAGCGAUGCAUAUAUUAGAAUGGAUAGAAUGUCGUGAUGAAUUUAUUAUGCUAAUCCGAUUAGUCAGAGAAAUUUUAGCAACUUCUGAUAAGAAUGAUUAUACGAAAGAAGAAAGGAAAAUUGCAGAUUCUGCUUGCCUUGAUGGAGAAUCCUGGAUUAAUAAAAAUAAAGAGGCUACACUCAGCAUGCUAAAAACAAAAAAAGAACAAAUUGAAUUGAUUGUAGAACCAUUUUUACGGAAGAAAUCAUCAGUUAUGUAGUGUGAUGAAAUAAUAUCUUAUUGUAUAGCGAAAACACAAAUAACAUUAUUUUGCAUUUACUAUUUCAAUACUGAGUAUGCAACAGAAUUUUAAUUCAAUAAGUGCAUGCAGAUCUGUUUGACAAAUAGUUUACCAAACUUGUGCUCAUCUUCGUGAACUGUUUAAUAACUCACCAAUGAAUUGUUAUCUGAAUAACCUUGAUUACGUUGUAGUGACCUACUUUUAUGACGAGAACGCGAUUGGUAUAAUGGAUACAUUUAUCAUUAUAACCAAUUGUACUAGUGAUUGUUUUACUGUACUUGUUUGUUUAACUGUACCAAAAACACUUUUCCUUCCGUUGCCUGUGAACUUGUAUGAACUCGCUUAUGCUCAGCAGUCCGCUCGUAAACUUUGGCACGUCUCGGUAUUCUUUCGAUACCACGAGAUCGCCAACAAAUAUAUCUUAUUGCAACC